GAACAAAAAUAUAGUCCUUCCUGCAAAUGGACAAUUUCCGAUUCGAGUCCUCGUGGAGUAUGUUUUGAUGUUUUUUUAGUUUAAAAACCUACGGAGUACUCUAUUUAAAAAAAAACAAUUUUUUUAACAACCUCUACUAGUUAUCUCCUUUUAGUCCCAAACUUACCUAAUAUGUCGGCCACCGGCACCGCCGCCAGCGUCGUCGGACCUUUUCAUGUCCGGCGACCGCUGACCAAGAUGAGAUCGCGGCAGCGGGUGGCAAUGGCCGUCCGGUCUGCCGUCAGCCUCGGCGAAGCUUCCAUCCUGACUAAAUUGGAGAAGGACUGCGCCACCCCUCUGCCGGUCUUGCGCCGCGUGGCAAAUGCCAUGGCCGCUGAUGUUCGUUCUGGCCUCGCCGUUGACGGCGGCAGCGAUCUGAAGAUGAUUCUCAGCUAUGUUGAUACUCUGCCGACUGGGAAUGAGAAGGGGAUGUUUUAUGCAUUGGACCUUGGCGGUACUAAUUUCCGGGUGUUAAGAGUACAAUUGGGAGGGAAGGAGGAGCGUGUAGUUUCCACAGAAUUUGAGCAAUUGUCUAUACCGCAAGAAUUGAUGUUUGGUACCUCUGAGGAGCUUUUUAAUUUUAUAGCUUCUGCACUGGCAAAGUUUGCACAGGAGGGUGAGAAGUGUCAUAUGCCACCUGGAAGGACAAGGGAAAUAGGAUUUACCUUCUCUUUCCCGGUGAGGCAGACUUCUGUUAAAUCUGGCAUUCUAAUCAAUUGGACAAAGGGUUUUGCCGUCUCUGGAACUGUGGGGAAAGAUGUGGUUGCCUGUUUAAAUGAAGCCAUGGAGAGGCUAGGACUAGAUAUGCAAGUAUCAGCCUUGGUUAAUGACACCGUGGCAACACUAGCUGGAGCAAGGUAUUGGGAUGAUGAUGUGCUGGUUGCUAUCAUUCUUGGGACCAGAACCAAUGCGUGCUAUGUUGAGCGCACCAAUGCCAUUCCUAAACUCUCAGAUCAUCACCAUUCAUCAUCUGGGCUAAUGGUUGUGAAUACAGAGUGGGGAGCAUUUUCAAGUGGCCUUCCCUUGACAGAGUUUGAUAGAGAAAUGGACGCCGACAGCAUUAAUCCCGGUGAGCAGAUAUUUGAGAAGACAAUUUCGGGCAUGUAUCUAGGAGAGAUUGUCAGGCGAGUCCUUGUAAAGAUGUCUAAAAGUAGUGGCCUGUUUGGAGACUCCGUCGCGGAAAAACUAUUCACGCCAUUCGUUCUCGGGACACCAGAUAUAUGUGCAAUGCAACAGGACACUUCCAGAGAUCUUGAAUCCGUCGGAUCAAUCCUCUAUAAAUUAACUGGGGUGAAGUCUGAUCCCAGCGCGAGGAAGAUAGUGGUAGGGAUAUGCGACGCCAUUGCAAGGCGUGGGGGGCGCCUGGCGGGUGCAGGAAUAGUGGGGAUCCUUCAGAAGAUGGAGGAGGAUGAAAAGGGGAGCGUGUUCGGGAGGAAGAGAGCGGUGGUAGCCAUGGACGGAGGGCUGUACGAGAAUUAUCCCCAGUACAGGGAUUACCUCCAAGAAGCCGUGACCGAGCUGCUGGGAGAAGAGAUGUCAAAGAAUGUGGUGAUAGAGCAUUCCAAAGACGGGUCUGGCAUUGGUGCCGCUCUCCUGGCUGCUGCAAACUCCAAGUAUGUACGGACACCUCGUUUUCAAUCAUAGUUCGUAGAUAGAUGGUAAAUUAAAUGUCUGUGUUGUAAUUAUAGAUUUACCAUUGUGAUUAGCUAGGCAGAUGCAAGAUGAGAGAUGAAGGAUAAUCUUUCAUUCUUUCUUUGCUUGCCUCUUAGGAAACGCCAAAGUACGUGUGAAUUCAUAUUCUUCUUUUGUUUUGUUUUUUAGAAACAUUUGUGUGGGAUGGGAAUAAAACUGUAGAAACAUGAGGUUCCACCCAAAACCAAUUGGCAAUACGAGGAUUAACUUGUAUUCA